AUGAUUGCAAACAUUUCGAUGGUGCGCGAUCAAGCCCGGUUGUACAAUCUUUUUGGCGAUAUUGAGAAAGAAUUUGAUGCGCUAUACAUCGAGAACUGUGCGCUCCGAACUAGGUUGAGCCAACUUGGUGAAAGGCUGGGAGAGCCAGUAUCUUUUUCAUCUGAACUACUUUCGGUCAAUAGCGAGAACGCUAUGUCGAGGAAAGAUACGGGGAAAAAAGCUAUGCAAGUCAGUCAGAAGCUCAAAACUGCCUUUCGGGUACCUCCUGGAAAGUUUGUGCAAACACUUAAAGCUGGUGUCAGUGAUAGCUCGCGCCGUGUGAAGUACGUACGAUGUUUUACUGGCCACAGAGACGGAGUUUGGCACGUUUCAACAUCAAAAGGAACUCAAGGAAUUUUAGCUAGUGCUUCCGCAGAUCAAGUCUGUCGGUUGUGGUCACUUGAUACUGGACUGUGUAUUGGACAGUACAGUGGUCAUUCUGGAUCAGUCAAUGGUGUUUCAUUCAACCCAGUUUCUACUGACCCAAAUGAUCUUGUAGUGGCUACAGCUAGUGGUGACUAUACUGUUCACGUAUGGAAGUACUCUUUGUUAGGCGAUGUUCCUCACCAAAUGGGGAGUAGUGAAGAAGAGCUCGAAAGUACUGAUGUAAAAACACUUGGAGAAGAUUCUACAGAUGUGGAUCCUGUGAUGCCCGGUGUUAUAAGGCAGCCAGUUUGUAGUUUAACAGGUCAUACGAAUGUCGUCAUUGCUGUAGAUUGGAUAUGCAAUGGAGAGCAACUUCUUACUGCUAGCUGGGAUAGGAAUGCUAAUGUUUAUGAUGUUGAAAGAGAAGAGAUAUUAAAUGUUCUUUCAGGUCAUGAUGAUGAAUUAACACAUUGCAGUGCCCACAGUUCUCAAAAACUUGUAGUCACUGCUAGUCGUGACUCUACGUUUCGCUUAUGGGACUUUAGAGAAUCGAUACAAUCUGUUGCGGUCUUUCAAGGUCACAACGAUUCGGUCACCUCUGUCGUUUUUUCUACUGGUGAAAAAGUUGUCUCGGGUAGCGAUGAUCGUUGCGUGAAGGUAUGGGACUUACGGAAUAUGAGAAGCGCAAUAGCUACAGUUCGACUGAAUAGCGCUGUCAAUCGUCUUUCAGUUUCUUCAAGAAGUCUUGUUGCAAUCCCGCAGGAUGACAGGAACAUUCAUAUAUAUGACUUAAACAGUGUGCGGCUUACUCGAGUUCCUCGUGCCAACUCUAAAUUGUUACGGAAUUUUGUUGCUUUAAGUACAUAUGAAGCGGAAUUUAAGGGUCACCGAAGAAUUGUAUAUUGUGCCGCUUGGGCUGAUGAUCAUCCAGCAAAUGACCUAAUUACAUGCGGUUUUGACAAACGCAUUAUUGGUUGGAAAACUUCUUUUUUAAAAGAAUAA